AUGACGAAGCGACGCCGCCUCGAUCCCACUGCCGACCACUAUCCCCCCGGUCCGUGGGAGCAGCAGCAGCUCCAGAGCCAUCCCGACCCAGCGGAUCCGCCAUUCGCGGCGCCGCAUGGCGUGCCAACCCUAAGGCGUAGCUCGACGGACCUCAGCACCGCUGCCAACCACGCGUGGCAGCUCCCGGCGCCUGCUACCCACCCCCACCACUACCCUCCUAGCCUCGUUGCAUCCUACCCGUCGCAGCCCUAUUACUCCUUCCACCCCUCCGACCCAAGCGCCUAUAACUCGCCAUGGCCGCCACCGCCACCGGCUCCCACCCCUCCCUCCGCCGAUGCUGCUGCUGCUGCUGUCGUCCCGCCUUUCAUCCCCCACUCCACCACCACUUACUCCCUCCCCGCCCCGACUGCUGCCAUGCCAUACUUCCCUACCCACCCCUCUUCCCGCCCGACUGAGGAGACUGCUUUCGAUGCCCUCGCCGUGCAGACGUUGCAGCCCGACGUAGAUGCUGCGCCAUCGUCGACGUCGGCAUCCCAACAUCCUUCAUCUCAAAACGGCAACACCCCAAACCAAUUGCAGCGCAUCGAUACUGCUUCCUCCUCGUCCGCGGUAUACUUCGAGGAUGCCAGCAUGCAUCUCAAAAUUCAGAGUCUGUCGAUCUUGGAGAAUCUGGCCACCCAACUCAUCCACACAAUAGCCAAAGCCAGCUUCCCGCAAAUCCAAGACAUGGUGCGAGGCUCCGACACCGAGGAUGGGCAAGCAUACACCACGCUCAAGAACCUCUUCGACCAGACGCGCAAAGUGUACAGCCGCGAAACGCCCUUCAUCGACGCCAUUGCCAUCCAAAUGUUCCAACCCGCCCAGCAGGAAGUCAUCCGCAAAGCCAACAUCGCCACCUUCAUCUCCAGCAUCCUCGGCGCGCACGACGUCAGCUUCUUCCACCUCAACGAGUUCUUCAUGGAGACCUUUGUUCCGCUGGGUCAUCGACUGCUCAAGUGGCAAGGCGCCAUCUAUCUCGACCUCAAGACGCAAACGUACAUCUCGGCGCUGCUCAACAGCAACGGCAGCCCGGAGGCGAUGCUCGACGAACUCUUUCCCCCCGACCUCGAUGCCCAGAUUCUCACCCGCCACCCCGAUGCUCCCAGUCUAUCACCCAGCGAGCAGGACUUUAUCGAUCGAAGUCGAGCCCGCAAGAGCUACCUUCUCGCCGAAGACAGCACGGAAAAGGCCUUCCGCGAGCUCCCCAAACGGUAUCAAUGGUCCGACUUCGUGCGCGAGUUCGCAUCAUGCAUCAGCAAAAACAUCGACGGCAUCAUGAACGUCCCCGCUCGCUCCCAACCCCUCUUCGGAGGCGGCGCAUCCGAUCGACGAGGCACCGCCGCAGCCGUCACGGCCUCUGCCACCGCCGCUCUCAACGCGCCCAGCAAUCAACAACCACCCUCCCGCACAUCACCACACACCCAACCCUCCUUCACAGAUCCCAACGCCGCCGACCAACCCCCCACCCGCGACGACCCCAGCAACCCAACCAAAAAGGCCUCCACAGCCGCCUCGACCAUCCGCCAGCCCUGGACGAAGCUCGAAGAAAACGCGCUCCUCUCGGGCCUCGCGCGCGUCUCCGGCCCGCACUGGUCGCAAAUCCUCGCGCUCUACGGCCGCGGCGGCAGCGUGAGCGAGGUCCUCAAAGACCGCAACCAGGUGCAGCUCAAGGACAAAGCGCGCAAUUUGAAACUGUGGUAUUUGAAGACGGGCAAGGAGGUGCCUGUUCCGCUGCGCGGGGUUACGGGCGAGUUGAGGAAGCGCGGGGGUGCGAGGGCGAGGGCUGCUUUGGGGCUUGUGGAGGGUGAGGAGGGUGGGGAGGAAGGGGAGGAAGGGGAGGAGGAGAGAGGGGGUGGGAAGGGGGGUAAGAAGGCGAGGAGGAAGUAG